AUGGCGCUACCACUCAGCAACAAUGGCUCUCCAGACUCUGUCCUGACGAGCCAGAACUGGACCGUCGACGUCGCCGGCCAGAAAGUCGCUCUGCCCAUUGUCGCAAUCAAGCCAGACUUGGGCAUCUCACUGAUGAUGGUCAUUGAUCUCGGCGUCGAAUUCGGCGCACACUGUGGCCGCGAAAUCGCAAAUAAAGUCACGUCGGUUGAGCCCGAAGUCAUUGUCGGCGCCGCAACGAUGGGAAUUCCCGUCGCUAUCGAAGUCAGCCGCGCCUUGGGACUCGACCGUUUUGUCAUACUGCAGAAGUCACCCAAGAUUCAUCUCGCCGAUGCGCUGGUGCAAAAUGUUACGUCUAUCACAUCGAUGGGGGAGCAGAAGCUGCUUUUGGAUCGGAGAGCGGUGCCGUUGCUGGCCGGGAAGCGUGUUGUCGUGGUGGAUGAUGUGGUGGCGACAGGGUCAAGUCUCAAGGGAUCUAUCGAGCUCGUACGACGGGCGGGCGGAAACAUCGUGGGAGCUGCUGUCAUUCUUACGGAGGCGCGAGAGUGGGAAGCGACGCUGGGGCAAGAUGCAUCAUUGGUGCAGAGUCUGGCUCAUAUGCCGCAAUUUGCCUUUGAUGGGAAGGAGUGGAAGCCGAUUCCGGAACUAAUAAUUUUGACUUCGCUACCCUGCAAGGGCUCGUUGAUUGUCAAAAUGCCGGCGAUCAUGGACGAUCCGUCCAGUCCUACCAUUUAUCGUGUAGUCGGAGCACCGCCGUUCCCGGAGCCGAACAACCCGGCAGUCCCGUCCAAUGUGCUUCCGCGCCAGGUGACGCUGCGAGACCGACAAACGGUCGCUACGGUUGUCCCGUUUGCAUCGCGUGAUCAGGUCCCUGCUUCACUGCUCAAGUACUUGUCGGACCAGUUCGCGAAGGAAAUCGAAGGCGGAGACACGUAUCCCAUGAUCGAGCCGAUGCCGCUCGAGCAAUAUUCCAAGUACUGGUUUCAAAACUUUGCAGCCAUCAUGCUCCUUGGCGACAUCAACAGCCCGGACGAGGUCGUUGAGGGCAAGGACUGGUCCAAGGAAUGUCUCGGCAGCUUCUACAUCAAGCCCAAUUAUCCUGGGAGAAGUAGCCACGUCUGCAACGCUGGCUUUCUCGUUACCGAUGCUUCGCGCAAUCGCGGAGUAGGCCGUCUUAUGGGUGAGGCCUACCUCGACUGGGCACCCAAGCUGGGCUACACCUACUCGGUAUUCAACCUGGUUUACGAGACCAACGUUGCCUCGUGCCGGAUCUGGGACGCCCUGGGCUUCAAGCGCAUCGGACGUGUCAAGGGCUGUGGCAACCUCAAGUCAUACCCCGACCGCCUCGUGGACGCCAUCAUCUACGGACGAGACCUUGGAGCGGCAGAAGGCGCCGACGGGCCGGUGAGUGAAGAGCGUUUCGACAAGAUCAAAUUCUACCUCAAGUACGGGCGCUACCCAAACGGAUCUGACCGCGCCGAGAAAAGUAGGCUUCGUAGCGCGGCGACCCACUAUAAGCUGCUGGACAACGACGUGCUCAUGUUGAAGGAUAAGGAGGUCAUCAGCGACCCUGACCGGCAGAUGGACAUUGCGAGGCGGCUGCAUGAGGGUGGGAGCCACUCCGGUAUCAACAAGACCACGGCCAUGAUUGCGGAGCGCUACCAUUGGAGCCGUAUCAAAGAGACGGUGUCGGAUGUAAUUAGGCUGUGCGGUGAAUGCAAGGAAUUGGGGAAAAUGCCUGUCCAGAACGCCGCCGCUUCUCGGAGGGGAGUUGUCGGUGGGAGCAACUUCUCCCGUACAAGUGCUAGCCCUGCGCCCGGUACAUUGCCGGCAGAGACCAACCCUGCAUCCGCAAGCGUUGAAUCCGCCAACAGGAUCCUGAGUUUGCAUCCCCAUCACGGCAUGGCACCCCUCAGUGCGGCUUCGAGUGCAUACGCCAAUCCAAGUGACAUUUCAUCGCUGUUAAACCCACCACACGGUCUGUCCACAUCCGUAGACACAGGCCUGAAAAGACAUAAUCCCAUGUUGCAAGACCAGUCCCAAGGCCAGAUCGACCAGACCCACCAACUACACCAUGGAAACUCGUCUCCCCUAAGUGCUCUCCACGACGAUAAUUCGCUCUCAUUCCACCCGAUAGACCCGCAAAUCAUAUCCCAGCCCUCACACCAGCAAGGCCACCAUUCUUUCCACAACUUCCAUCCACACAACGUGCCACACUCCAGUCCUCACCCAUCUCACACUUCUCUUUCCGAGCACGAACCAUACGAGGCCCACAUCCGGUCCCACCACCCCCACACGGAACACCCGGAUUCUUUCCAGGCUCUGCUCCACGACCCGGUGAACGAGGUCCACCAUCAUCACCAUCAUAGUGGCAGCAUACAAGAGCACGACGAGUCUUCGGAUCAGGACCAGGACGCAGUGGAUCGUGACAUGGAUAUGCUCAUCGAACAAGGGGACGAUUCGGACAUGGAGGAUGUGGCGACGCUGGGUCAUGUUGGGGGAGAGGAAGGAGAUGAGGGUAAGGAUGGACUAGGAGGGACGGAUGGGAACGAGGAUGAUGUGCAGGCAAGGGAGGAGGAGUAUGGGAGGCCGGUGAGGCGGCGGAAUUGGGAUAAUGUUGUUUUUGAUUCUCCGGAUUGA